AUGCUCCCUGUCGAACAUAUGGCUCUGGCAGUUCAAUCAUUCAGUCCUCCACCUUCAUUUACUCCGACUCCAGUCAUCUUUCCACCUGAAGAUAUCAGUGAGAUUUACACUCAUGCAUCGUAUUCCAAGGAGUCCAUUCCUGAGCUUGUCAACAACGACCAGGGUAAUUGGAUGUUCUCGCUGAAUGUUCCCAUCCCAGACGAGAUGGUCUACCCAACCCUCACGUCACUUGAAUAUACGAUCAAAUAUGGCACAGCGAACGGCCAGGGCACAUCUACGAUUCAAACAAGCAUAUUACUCACCAAGGUCCUCUAA